UAUUGUAAUUCUAGUUAUUCUACGGUCGCCGCGUCCUCGACGGACGUGUGUGUGAGUUAUCUCGUUCCUGUAGUAGGUAGUUGAAAGCUUAUCGCUUCGGUUUAGUCGGAAGCUGUAGCAUAUAAUGGUGAUAUAAACAUUUUAUAACGCUACUUUCAGCCAGCGUUCCCAAUUUUAUGAGGUACGCCGUCUCGUUCAUUGACGUCUGGUGAACCCGCCACCCGGCCGCCAACAUUAUAUCUAGAAACAUGACUGCAUUUUUGCAGCUAUUCUGCCUUUUUCUAUUAUUUGCGAGGAAUGCUGAGGGAAAUUCAGGAAAACCAGCCGUGAAGGUGUUCACCGUAGCCACAGAGGACAACCAUGGCUUGCAAAGAUUCCUACGUUCUGCUAAGAUAUAUGGCAUUGAUGUUGAGGUCCUGGGCAUGGGUCAAAAAUGGGUUGGAGGCAACAUGAACCACCCUGGAGGUGGUCAGAAAGUCAGAAUUCUCAAACAGAAACUCUUCUCCAUGCAGAAGCUGCCUAACAGGGAUCAAAUUAUCUUGUUCACGGAUAGCUAUGACGUAAUAUUCCUCGCGUCACUGGACGACAUUGUGGAAAAGUUCAAGAGCAUGUCCGUGCGCGUAUUGUUUGCCGCCGAACCGUUCUGUUGGCCUGACGCAAGCCUGGCGAAGAAAUACCCUGACACUACUGUGACCAACCCGUACUUGAAUUCUGGUGGAAUCAUAGGUUACUUGGCUGAUCUGCAGAAAGUAUUGGAAUUCAAAGAGAUUCGCGACCGCGACGACGAUCAGUUGUUCUACACUGAAGCCUAUUUGAAUGACAAGCUCAGGCGCAGCCAUCGGCUUGCUCUUGACCACAAGUCCCAGAUAUUCCAGAACCUCAACGGUGCUUUAUCGGAUGUACAGCUGAUAACGAAUUCGACUGACGAGUUUCCAUACAUCAAAAAUCUUCUGACCAAUGAACGUCCGCUCAUUGUCCACGGCAACGGACCUGCCAAGAUAACUUUGAACCAAUUCUCCAAUUAUUUGGCCAAUGCCUGGUCGGUUAAAGAUGGAUGCCUCCUGUGCAAGGAGAAAAGGGUUGAACUGAAGGAGGACGCGCUACCGACAGUGAUGUUAGCGGUGUUUGUUGAACAAGCGACACCUUUCAUGGAAGAGUUCCUCCAACAAAUUAUUGAAAUAGACUACCCCAAAAAGAAAAUACACCUGUAUCUGCGCAACAAUGUGGAGUAUCAUGAGACCGACGUAGAUAAGUUCUUCCGCACUAUUUCCAAAGAGUAUCUUAGUGCUAAGAGGAUCAAACCAGCCGAUUUCAUGUCUGAAGGUGAAGCGAGGAAUAUUGCAAAGGACCGUUGCACCAACAGCGAAUGCGACUACCUAUUCUCGAUAGACAGCGUUUCGCGCGUGGAGCCGUCGACUCUACGCUAUUUACUCUCGACGGGUUAUGACGUGGUUGCGCCGAUGUUGGUCCGAGAGGGCCAGUCUUGGUCCAACUUCUGGGGCGCCAUCAACUCUGCCGGAUUCUACGCACGCUCCUCUGAUUACAUGGACAUCGUUUCCCGUAACAUCAUCGGAAUCUGGAAUAUACCAUUCAUUACCAACUGUUACUUGAUGAAAAUAUCGCUGUUCCGCACAGAGUCGGCCAAAGCGGUUUCUUACAUAAAGGACGAUCUUGAUGCAGACAUGGCUUUCUGCGCCCAUCUUCGUGACCAGGGUAUAAUGAUGCACGUGAGCAAUGAGAAGUAUCUGGGCCGCCUCGUGAACCCGGAGAGCUUCGACGUCAGCCGCUCCAACCCCGACGUCUACCAAGUGAUCGACAACCGUGUCGACUGGGAGCGACGUUACUUGCAUCCCCAAUACUAUGACAUUUUCGCUGAGGGGCACAACCAUUCCAUGCCUUGUCCUGAUGUAUAUUGGUUCCCGAUGACGACUCUCCGUUUCUGCAAGGAAUGGAUUGAAAUCAUGGAAGCAUUCGGGCAAUGGAGCGAUGGAUCUAAUCAGGACAAACGCUUGGAAAGCGGCUACGAAGCCGUGCCGACGAGGGACAUACAUAUGAGCCAAGUGGGCUUGGAAAAACAAUGGCUCUAUAUCCUCAAGACUUACGUGCGCCCUCUACAGGAGCUGGUGUUUAUCGGCUACUAUCACAACCCCCCGGUGUCGCUCAUGAACUUCGUCGUCCGCUACCGCCCCGACGAGCAGCCAUCUCUGCGACCGCAUCACGAUUCCUCCACUUACACCAUCAAUCUCGCGCUGAACACUCCAAAUGUCGAUUACGAAGGCGGUGGGUGUCAUUUCAUUCGCUACAACUGCUCGGUGAGGAAUACCAAACCCGGAUGGCUGCUUAUGCAUCCCGGCCGCUUGACACACUUCCAUGAAGGCCUACGGGUUACCAACGGCACGAGGUACAUUAUGAUCUCGUUCGUCGACCCGUAAACCCUGACCGCUUUGAGGAAAGCCUGUCCUCCGCACGUUUCGCAGUUUUUUUUAAUUUGUACCAGAAAGUUGUAACAAUAAAGAGAAAAAGAAAGAAAAAGUGGACAGGGAAGCACUUAUCUCUAUAAGAGAUCUCUACCAGUGAUUACCGGGGACAAAAUAUUGGUGAAAAUAACGUUACCUAUUACGACUUGCUUAUGUAAUUAUGAAUGCUAGGGAUUUAAGUAUUUAAUUGCCGAGCUAAAGUGUUCAAUAAAAAUCUUUCUAGUACAAAAUUCAGGUUACAGUCUUUAUUUAACUUAAUUAUUUUGUUGAGUCCUAUAGGUACCAAAUUAUAUUGCAAAAUGCGUAAAACAUGAUCUCCCUACAAGACUGCAGAAAUGUGGACACAAAAUUAUGGGCAAUCAUUUGGAUAAAAUAAAUAUUAAGUUUUUCAAAAAAAAAAUGUUUUAAUUUAAUCUAUUGACAACGGCGAUUUCAUAGUUAAACUCCUAAUAUAAUACGUAAUUCAUAUUUCACACAAAAUGGUUAGUAUAAUUUGUAAUCAAGUCGGACUUGCAUUUAUUUUAUACUUACUUACAAAUUAUAGAUAAUAUUAAGUUGAAGUACCUAUUUGUCGUAAAUGUUAUUCAUUUUAUUAUAGGUACUUACAUAUUUUUAAUUAGUUUAUGCCAAUGAAGCUAAUAUUGAAAUUAAGUACCAUAUUAAGUUUUACAUUGUUAGUAUUCGCUUCUUCUUAUACACUUAUUGAUUGUUUGAUUCUUCAAUAUUUCAAGAUUAUUGAUUCAUUAAACUCUCGUAAUCUAAUUUUAACCAAAGACAUUUUACUAACAUAAUUUGACAUACCUACAAGGCAUACUAUAUUGCAAUAA